CCCGCAUCUCUAUCACAAUCUGACUUGCCCUCCCACUUCUCUCUUCAGACUACACAUGUUUGAAUAGACAUACACCAUGGCAUCCUUACUCAAGAAACCGUUGAAGCUCGCCCUCGUGCAGCUGGCCUCAGGCGCCGACAAAACAGUCAACCUCUCCAACGCCCGCACCAAAGCCCUCGAAGCCGCCAAAGCAGGCGCAUCCCUAAUCGUCCUUCCUGAAUGUUUCAACUCCCCCUACGGCACGUCAUACUUCCCCAAAUACGCCGAAACGCUCCUCCCCUCCCCGCCCACAAAAGAACAAUCCCCCUCCUUCCACUCGCUCUCCUCCAUCGCCGCAGAAGCAAAAGCGUACCUUGUGGGCGGGAGUAUCCCCGAACUCGAUGCGACUACGAAGAAAUACUACAAUACCUCGCUUGUGUUCUCGCCGAGCGGGUCGUUGAUCGGGACGCAUCGCAAGACGCAUCUGUUUGAUAUCGAUAUCCCUGGCAAGAUCACGUUCAAGGAGAGUGAGGUGCUUUCGCCAGGGAAUCAGUUGACUGUUAUCGAUCUGCCGGAGUAUGGUAAGAUCGGGCUGUCUAUCUGCUACGACAUCCGCUUUCCCGAAGCAGCCAUGAUCGCUGCGCGCAAGGGUGCCUUCCUGCUCGUCUACCCCGGUGCCUUCAACCUGACUACCGGUCCCCUGCACUGGUCGCUGCUUGCGCGGGCGCGCGCGGUCGAUAACCAGGUGUAUGUGGCAAUGUGCAGUCCGGCACGGGAUAUGAGUUCUACAUACCAUGCGUACGGGCAUAGUUUGGUUGCGAACCCGAGUGCGCAGGUUCUCAGCGAGGCGGAGGAGAGUGAGGGUGUUGUUUAUGCGGAUUUGGAUAAUGAGACGUUGGAGGGGACGAGGAAGGGGAUUCCGAUUUAUACGCAGCGGCGGUUUGACUUGUAUCCGGAUGUUAGUGGUGAGAAGGCUUAGGUUGGGUUUGUAGCUAUUUGAAUUGAUAUGGAUGAUGCACGAACAUAUGUUUAUGACCUUCUCUACAAUCAAUACACUCCAGCUAGGCGAUGAUGCUUGGCCGGUAUGAUUGAGCGGUACCCCGUACCCAUUGACCCAAGCGAUAGUAAAUCG